AUUCAAAAAAUCCGAUUGUCACAAUUUCAGUUCAGAGUUGUCAACAGUUGCGCCGUUAAGUUGCUCCACGCGCACAUUGCUCCUCACUGAAGUCAACUCAAAAUUUAUCGAAACUUAACGAAGCUGUAGACAUAUUUGCAUCGAUCGUUUUGUAAGCACAACAGUUGUGGAACAGUGAUGCAUAUUUUUUCAAACGUAACGUAUUUUUUAUCAGUAGCUUUAAAUUCAAUUGACUAAAGAAAAUUACUUGUUUACAACUGAAAUAAUCGGAAUUAUAACAUCUUUGCUAUAAACACUAAAAAGAAAUGAUACAAUUUCCGAAAUAUUUAAAUAAAAUAAUAGAGUAGCAUUUAAGAUAAAAAUCUAUAUGCCAAUUUGUAAUUAUAAGUUGCAAUGGCGCGUAUAAAACAGAAUAGCCAUUGGAGCAAUAUUAUUCGAUAGCUUAAACGAAAUAGUCGUUUUUUCCCAACAGCGGUGUAAUGAUUUCACGGCGAUUUUCACUAGUCGUUGCUUUAAUAAGCCCAAUUGGCAUUUAUGCAUUUUUUGAAUUUAACAAUGCCAAGUGCAUUAUAAGAAACCCAGAAGUGUUGACAUUUGACUAUUGCUAUCUAAGGUCCGUUAAUCGUACUUACAAAUAUUUUUCCAUGAAAACUAAGUUUUUGUCCUUGCCUAUUGAUAACACUUGGGUAUCUUUAAAGGUCUACAAGAGAGACAACAGGCAUAUCUUUGAUCGAUAUAAUGUCACUGUUGAUGGUUGCAGAUUUCUAAGGGAACGUAAUAAUGCGCUCGUUAACGUCUUAUUUGGUAUCUUUGAGGAGUUUUCAAAUCUCAAUCACACUUGUCCCUUUGAUCAUGAUAUACUUGUAGAAAAGCUCCCGGUGCAACAUGUUAAUACGCUAAUUAAAUAUAUUGUUCCUGAUGGCCGUUAUAUACUAAAUACCACCUGGAGUAUUCGAAAAGUUCCAUUUGCUGAGAUCAUUGUGUACUUUACAAAAUUUUAA